AUGAAGGGUCUUGUGGUAGCAUUACUGAUUUUGGUAGUUGCUAUUUCAACCAGUGUUGCAUUGGAUGUUGGCCAACUUCUGAGUGAUUUUGAGGCCAAGCGCUAUCCAAAAGAUGUGAACAGAAAUAUUCUAAUGAAAGAAUUGUUCGUUCAAAUGCUAUCUCCUGAUCAGAAGGUGACCGACUGUGUAUACCGUAUUGCUGAACAUGGUCUCGGGAGCUCUAUGGUAGAAUGUGAAUCUGUCCUUGAACAUGCUAUUGGAUACUGCAAUCAGCUGCUGAUGAGUGAUGUCAGUGAGAGGAGACAGAGAGAGGACCAGGCAUGUCACCAGAUGCUAGCUGCUGUCAAGAUUGAAAGAGACAUGUGUAGUCUGGGGGGAAGCAACCCAAACUGUGGGAGUGCAGCAUCCAUUAUUCAAGUAAGACCACAAAAGAGACCAAGAGAAGAAGAUACGUGCAAUGCGGGGGAAUUGUAUGGACAGACUCCAGGAAACUCUUCAGAGCUGCAAUGCAUAAAGGAUUACCGAGAUAAACGAUCUAACACCACAAUGUUACCCCUUCGCUUGUUUACUAUAACGAAUACCCAAGUCUCGAAUAAACCACCCGAUGGCAACCCCCUUGUUGAGGUGUUCACUCUACCAAUAGGUCAAGGUGACUGCAACGUUAUCAAAUGCAAUGGAGGGAAAAAUGCCAUUGUUUUCGAUUGCGGUAGUCUUGGGGGAAAUGUUUUGAUCAAAGAGAACAAAUUUCAGAAUAUUAUGUCUUCUCUACUUUCUGGUGCCACAGAUUUACAAAUUCUAAUAUCGCAUGCUGACAGGGACCACAUGAGCUUGAUUACCACUGUUAGAGAGAAUUUUACGGGAAAUGUAGAAAUUAUAGUUGGCGGCAAACUAUCAGAUUACGACCCUCCGAUAGCAAAUGCCAAAGUGGUUGCAGACAAUAGUAAAGAAAUGAAGGAGCAUUACUUUUGUAACAAUCAAGAUAUAACUUUCACCUUGCUCCAGGGAAAUCUUACAUCACGCAAUAAGAAUGAGGGAGGAAUGCUCAUGAAACUAUCUUGUAAAACGUGCAAAUCAUCACUUCUCUUCACUGCUGACAUGGAGGGACCCACUGCAAAAGCUCUAGCUGUAUCACACAAAGAUUUUCUCAGUACCUCUCAUUACAAGAUGGCCCAUCACGGGGCAAGUGACAAGGCAAAUCCUAAGGAAUGGCUUGAAGCAAUAGGUCCGGUGGAGGUACAUGUGAGUCACAUGUACAACCACGGUUCAUUCCACCACCCACGUUGUGAGGCUUUCAAAAGACUAAUGGCGGUUGACAGUGUCGGAAUGGCUAGUGGAGCUAUUGGUGCAGAGCCACAUGAUCUGGCAUGUUUCGGAGAAAAUUAUGAAGGCUUUAAGGCUUACGAUCAAUGCGUAUAUCACCGUAUUUUCAGCACUGCACCACGCAAGAAUAAGAUAUGCCUGAUUGUGCUGUCAUUCAAGGCUAUGGAGGAAGCAACUACUCAGUACUACUGCCGGGAACAUAACCAAUAA